UAUCCCCGACAUAACAUACUGUUUGUGACAUUUGAUGAUAUCGUGUAUGGAUUGGGAUCUAAUAGGUUUGGUCAGCUCGGGUUAGGACACAACACACCCAUUCCUACACCACAACCGGUGCCAGAAUUAUGCCAUCAAAAUAUACAUCAGUUUUUCAGUGGAGGAGGCUUUGUAUUGGCUGUCAAUAUGGAUAAUAAUGUAAUAUUCAGUUUUGGUUGCAAUGAUGAGGGACAAUUGGGACGACAUGUGAAGAUGAGUGUGAAUUCAUUUGAUGUAAUAAAUAAGCUUGGUGAGGGUGGCUAUGGACAGUCAUUUGAUGUUAUAAAUAAGCUUGGUGAGGGUGGCUAUGGACAGGUAUAUAAAGUUCGAUAUAAAUGUAACCAUCAAUUCUAUGCAAUAAAGAAAUGUCUAUUAAAUGGAUUGACAGAAAAAGAGAAACAAAAUGUUUUGAAUGAAACGAAAAGUCUUGUGAAAUUUCGGUCAAAGUUUGUGAUUCAAUACUACUAUUCAUGGAUUGAAUUUGUAUCGAUAAUCUCACAAAUGUUUUGGAAACUAAGAAAUCAUUGUUUAAUGAAUUGA